ACCACAUAAUAUUAUGAUUCUUAGUAUUUAAAUAAUAACUUAAUAUUUCAAAUCACAAUCACACAUGUCAAGGAAUAUCAAUGACAUUUAAAUUAAAUUCAUAUAAUAAAAUCAUAUACUCACAAACAUGAUGUCACAAGCACAAUGCAUAAAACGAAAAUCAUACAAUAUUAUGGAGUUCACUGACGUGUGCUAGCAACAUUAUACCAGAGUUAAUCACAAUACUAAUUCUACUGCGCAGAGGUUUACUAAAUACCCCGAAGGUUCCAUUGAAUACCCCAACCUUUGAACUGAGAUCCACUUACUCCAUAGCCAUAAAUGUAACACCCCACAUAUCUUAGUGAAUAAUUUAAAAAUUAAUGUCCUUUAGUUUAUAGUUUUAGGGAUUAAAUUGAUUGAAUUUAAAGUUUGGGGGUUUUAAGUAAAACUUAGUAGAAGUUGAAUGACCAUAACUCAAUUCUCCCAAUUUUGCUUACCACAUGGCAUUGUCCCAACCAAGUUUUUUUUCUUUGUCGGUGGAAACUUGGAUAAGCCUCCAGAAGGCUCCCAAAAGUCCCCAUUUUGUUUUCCUACGUUUUACAGCCAUCCCACUUACAUCCUUUUCUUCCUUCUUUCUCCAACCAAGGUUAAGGUGCUUUUUGUUAGAUAAGUAAAAGUUUUAUUUAUGAAUUUUGGGUUAGAGUUUUGGGUAGUUUAAAUUGGUGAGAUUUGACUCUAAUCCUUUGGUUUAUAAGAUUUUUGAGUAUUAAAAUUUCAUUAGAAAUAUCUUUAAUUUUGGGGCUUAUAUGGGAAAGAUAGUGAGUUAUUCCUUUUUAUUGUUUGAUUUCGGUGUGAAUUUUUAUUUGCCGAAAUUAUAAUUAAACUGUACUGUUUACAAAUCACUGUUCACGAUUACUGUUCACGCAUUAUACUUUGAUCUCUUUCAAUAGGAAGUCCUAAUAUUAUGUUGGACAUAUUAUGAAUUUGUUUGACAUGCGUAUGUGUUUGUAGUUAUGGAGUAAGUGGACCUAAACUUAAAGCUUGGAGUAUUCAGUGGACCCUUUGGGGUAUUUAGUGGAUCUCUGCACAAUAGGGUUAGUACUGUGAUUAGUUCUGGUACAGUGUUGCUAGCACAUCUCAAUGGACUCCAUAGCAUUGUGUGAUUUUCAAUUUUAUGCAUUACGCUUGUGAUACCGUAUUUGUGAGCAUAUGAUUUUAUUAUAUGAAUUUAAUUUAAAUGUCAUUGAUUAUUCCUUGACAUUUGUGCUUAUGAUUUGAGAUAUUAAGUUAUUAUUUAAAUAGUAGGAAUUAUAAUAUUAUGUCAUUUGAUUCCGUUGUGUCUUAUGCUCUUUGUGUGGAUAAGUCUAAAGGUCUUAUGACCCAAGUUUAUAACUUAAACUUAUUACUUACUAGGCUGUUAGCUCAUAAAAUUCCCCCCAAUUUCAGAUAAAUAAAUCGAGGUAGCAGCCUCUCGGUUUAGGAGCUUUUCACACGGGACUCGCAUGCUCGUUGUAUGUACAAGCUAGGGCCUCAGGUUUUCGAUAGGGAGGCAGAUCGAUGUAUUACAAAAACAAUGACUCAGCUUUUGUUUUUUUGAAAAGCUUUGGAGAAGAAUUUGCCUCAUAUAAUUUUUGUGUAAAUUACCUUUAUGUAUAAAAUCUUUAAAUUAAU